ACAACAACCAAGGGUUGACCAAAGUGCUUCACAAUUGCAAAUCAAACAUACACAAACAACAAACACAAGACAAGAACAACAGUUUCAGUUAAAGGCUAGUUCAAACAAGUAUGUUUUUAGCUUGGUUUUGAACAGAGGCAGGUCAGUGGUGGUGCGUAGGUCAGAGGGCAGUGCACUCCAAAGUUUGGGACCUGCUACUGCAAAUGAUCGGUCAGCCCACUGUUUGCUCCUGGAUCGGGGGACCUCUAGCAGGUGCUAGGAGCGGAGAGCUCUGCCGGGUUGGUGGAGCUUCAGGGUUUCUCUUAUGUAGGCAGGUGCAAAGUUUACUGCAUUGCUUGUAAAGUCGUUUGCUUUUUAAAAAAAUUUUAGUUAUGUAUCAGAUGUUCCUCAAAUUGGUCAUGGUCACAUGAUUUUCCACCUGUCACUUGCUUUCAGUUCUGCAUAGAUACAUCCCAUUUUUUGCCACUGAACCGACCUUUAGAAACCCUAUUUAAUGUCCUCUGUUUGCACCUGGAUAUAAGACUGCUUCAUCUGCCUCCUGAUUAGAAUUAUAUACAUGCUACUUGCAAUGGCCGUGUUGAGAAAUAUCCUCAUCUUUGGUCAGCUUCUAUCAUUAGUGAGGACCCAAAAUGUCAAGUUCUUCCCAUGCGACAGUGAUGAGAAUGCCACCACGGUAGACUGCUGUGGGAGAUCACUCAAGAAAGUCCCCACCAUUAAGUCUAACACUGUGGUGUCAAUCAAUUUAAGUCAGAACAAGAUACACCAUGUAGAGAAGGAUGCUUUUGCAGGUGUCCUAAACCUUCAGACUCUGAAAAUAAUAUACAAUUGUCAACCAAGUCGAUUAAGAGCCUUAGAUAACGACUCAUGCAACAUGGAGAUCCACCCUCAAGUCUUCAAGAGCCUGCACAAUCUUACAUUUCUGUAUCUAUCAGGAAAUAGCCUCAAAUCUAUCCCCUGGUUACCUGAAACCCUGAAGGUCCUUGAUUUACAGAAUAAUUGCAUCUUCCAAAUUACACAACCUUUGAAAACUCCAAAUCUGGAAGGGCUCUUCCUCACUAAAAACUGCUUUUAUGCAAACCCUUGCUACCAGUCCUUUUACAUCAGUGAGAUGGUUUUCAGAGAGCUUCAUAAACUCAAAAACCUAACAUUAGGGUAUAAUAAUUUGACAUCUAUCCCUAAGGGACUGCCACCCUCACUGGAGAGUCUGGAUUUAAGAGAGAAUACAAUCACAAAGAUUUUAAAUGGAACAUUUGCGAACCUCACUAUGCUAAAGUAUUUGAGUUUGGAGUGGAACUGCCAGCGUUGUGACCAUGCAGCUAGGCCCUGUUUUCCUUGUCCAGGUCUUAAACCUCUAGACCUGUAUUCAAACUCAUUUUAUGCUGAGAGCAGCUCUAUCAUCUACCUAAGUUUAAGGGGCAACUCUUUGACAGACUUUCCAGAGGGUAUUUUCAGACCUUUGAAGAAUUUAAAGAGUUUGGACCUCUCUGACAACCUCCUUGCAUGUACUAUGCAAAAUGGCACCUUCUUUGCAGAUCUGAAGGGCCUCACUUGGAUUAGCCUUAUCUACAACUAUGAACCAUUGCGAACAUUUGACAGGCUGACCCUCUCCCCAACUAUAAGCAAUAUAUCUGGUCUGGAACAUCUCCUUCUGACUGGUAACUUUUUCCGCGAGCUUUCACCCAGCAGCCUUGAUGUUCUGUCCCAGCUUAAAAAACUAAAGACACUGGAACUGAGAAUGAACUUCAUUACUAAUUGUAACUUGACAGCUCUGACACAGUUACCAUCUCUCAUUGAUAUCAACCUCUCCCAAAACAUGCUUUCAUUCCUCCCUUGCAGCUCUAGUACACCAUCUGAGAUUGUGGCACAGGAAGGCUGUCAUAAAAAUAAUUUAUAUACACACAAUUUCCAUGACCAACCCAUGAUUGUACGUAAUCGUGAAGUUCCAUCAAAUAAUGAGAUCUGGGAACCCAAUCAAUCAAAUGAGCUGGGAAUGAACAAGGACAAGGUGUCACAAUUUCCAUCACUAAGUGACUUUAGAACUCGUUUUUGUCAUAAUAAAUUGACUUUUGACCUGUCUCAAAAUGACAUUAUAUCUGUUAACAAACAUGUGUUUCUAGGCAUGGAAAAUGCUGUUUGUUUGGAUCUCUCCUUCAACUACAUGAACCAAGCACUGAAGGGUGGGCAGUUUAACAGCACAAAAAAGUUAGUUUUUCUUAAUUUGUCAUACAAUAGGCUUGAUCUUUACUAUUCUAGUGCUUUUAGUGAGCUUAAACACACUCUCAAGGUAUUAGAUAUUAGUAACAAUGAUUUUCACUUCAGAAUGAAGGGCAUGGGCCAUAGUUUUGAGUUCCUUUGUGAGCUUACUACCUUGGAGGUCCUUAGUCUUGCCAACAAUGCCAUUGAGAAGAGAAUAAGUAAAGGACUGAGCAGCAGCUCUGUGAAGUACCUGUACUUCUCUGGAAAUGACCUCAAUGUUAUGUGGGAAUCUGACAACAACCUGUACACCAAAUUCUUCCAAAACCUGACAAGCCUCAUCUACCUGGACAUCUCCAACAACAACCUGACCUCAAUCUCACAGGAGAUUCUGUGCAACCUCCCAGGAAGCAUUGAAGCCCUCAUUAUCAGCAAGAAUCUGCUUGAAUAUUUCCCAUGGCAGAAUAUCACAGCACUAGGCAAUUUGUGCCACCUGGACCUCAGUUACAAUAAGCUCUUUUAUUUGCCCUAUAACCCCACAGGAUUUAGAACCAAUCUUUCUCUCUUGGACCUCAGUUACAAUACACUUAGUUUUAUCCCCAAGCCUUUCUUCAAAGAGUUAAAAUCCUUGCAAUAUCUGUAUCUCAACAACAAUAACAUCAAGGAGUUGGACCAUCAGAAUCUACCCACCUUUUUUCUCAAUGGAAGUGCCAUUAAGAAACUCACUUUACAUAAAAACCCCUUUAAAUGUGAUUGUGAUACAUCCUGGUUUGUGGAAUUCUUGCUCACGACUCCAGUCCAGAUUCCUUAUGUCACAACACAUAUGCGUUGUGAAUUCCCAGUGUCCAAACAAGGCAUGAGUAUACUAUCAAUGGACCAGCAUUCCUGCCAGGAAAUAUAUGGCAGCUUAGCUUUCUUUCUCUGUUCCCUCUUGGCUGUGACAUUCACUGUUCUGCCCCUGCUGAAGCAUCUCUAUGGCUGGGACAUGUGGUAUUGCUUACAGGUGCUUUGGGCAGGGCAUAAAGGAUAUACCCAGCUGCCUGGUACUGAUUCACUGAACCGCUAUGAUGCUUUUGUGGUGUUCGACACCAACAACAAGGCUACGAGAGACUGGGUCUACAACGAGUUAACUGUCCAUCUGGAGAACUUUGGUCACAGGACAUUUAGUCUCUGUUUGGAAGAGAGGGAUUGGAUUCCUGGGCUUUCAUGUAUUGAGAAUCUACACAGCGCUGUCAACAACAGUGUGAAGACGGUGUUUGUGCUUUCCAGCGGCGCUGACGGUGGUGAUACGGUCAAUGGUGUGAUCCGCCAGGCUUUCUACAUGGUACAGCAGCGGCUCCUGGACGAAAAGGUGGACGCAGCCGUGCUGGUUCUGUUGGAUGAGAUGUUUCCCAAACUGAAGUACCUCCAGCUGAGGAAGAGGUUGUGUAGAAAGUCUGUGUUGACCUGGCCAAAAAACCCAAAGGCUCAGCCUCUUUUCUGGAAUGAAAUGAGAAUGGCAUUGUCGUCAGAUAACCUCAAAUUAUAUGACAACAACAUGAGUGAAAGUUUUGUCUGACUCCAUAUUAACAGCUGAUCCUGAGACCUUUUGUGGAAAUUGAUUGAUGAUGUGACGUACUGUACAUACUAGUAUUAUUAAUAUGUUAAUCGUUUUGAUUCAAACAUAGCAGCUCUUCCAUGCCAAUAUUUUUUUGUCUUUCUUUUCAAGAGUGCUUGAUUUUGAUUAAUGAUUUCAAUUGUUGUGUUUUGUUUUUUUAUUCAUUUGAAGUGUUAUGUUAUGAAUUCUUUAUUUUUCCAAUCCUGAGUUUGCUUUACUUUUUCUUUUAAGAGUUAGUCGCUGUCUUCGGAGAGCUUGAGUUAGUAUGAGAAAUUAGACUUUAUAAUUCAACAAUAAAAAUUAAUUUCACCUAA